AAAUGAGUGAUAUACAACGUGAUCAAUACAAACAUUUAUUGAAAUUUCAAAAUGAAAUUAAAGAGAUAAAGACAGAAAACGAGGCUAAUAUAAAAAUUUUAAAACAAAAAAAUAAAGAAAAAUAUCAACAAUUGGAGAAAGAAAAUAAAAACAAAAUUUCGAAUUUGGAAGAAAUUAUUAGUGAAAAAGAAGUAAAAAUAACUUCAAUGGAAAAGGAUAUUAAAGAGGUAAUUUGUUGUAAAGUUUAA